AUGGGGUGGGACCAAGAAGGGUUGAACUUUGCAGAGUACUUGCGCAAACGGCCUUCUUGGGGAGGGGCGGAUCCUCUCUCUGGCAGAUAUAAAAGGCUAGGAUCGCCUCUACACCCCAACUCACACACAGCACAGCAACACCAACAUGAACUCCAUCGUGAGUACUCCAAUAUGAUGUACAAGACAGAUUUACGAAAGAUUCUCGUAUCUUUCCUCGCUUCCUGCGCCUAUGGGGCACAGCUGAACUCUUACCUCCCCCCUAGGCCAGGAGCAGGAGCUGGAGUUGGUAUCGUUUCUCCUCCAACUUACCCCGGUGCCGGUGGUGGUUCUGGUCCAGGAGGAUACGCUCCUUCAGGACCUGUCAUCCCCAUCCUUUCCUACGAGAACAACCCUAACCAAGGAGAUGGCCAGUACUCUUACAGGUGA